AUGAUAUUUGUGAUUAAUGAAUUAUUUGUUUAUGUAUGUCCGCUCCGGAACCUUAGUGUGUACUGUCUCCGGCUCCACUACGACAUCAUUCGUUGACGGACUGUAUACAACCCAGCGUGUGUUAGCGGACUUACUCUCAGGAUAAAUGUAGAUAUCAGUUUAUUGCAUUACUGUUUAUCCUACUAAAUCAAAUAUUGGUGUUUGUGUAACUAACGGAAUAUAUAGAUAUUAACGCAUGAAGACAACGGGUUUAAGUAACUAACCUACUGGUCACUGUACGUUGGCUAACAACACAUCACCUCCAAGUGAACCCCUCAAUGCUGUUUGGAAAGGCCUGCAUAUUAGGUGGACGUGCCAGGUAUUGUGUUGUCAAACCCUUGGCCUGUCUUUUUACGACUUCCAGCAACAUGGCCAAGAGCAAGUUUGAGUACGUCCGCAACUUUGAAACAGAUGACACUUGUCUACGGAAUUGCUACAUUGUUGUGAGAUUGGAUGGUCGCAACUUUCACAAGUUUACAGAUCAGCACAAAUUUGCAAAGCCCAACGACAACAGGGCUUUGGGCCUGAUGAGCCGGAGUGCACGCUCUGUCAUGGAAGAGUUAGAGGAUAUUGUCAUCGCUUAUGGUCAAAGUGAUGAGUUCAGCUUUGUUUUCAAGAGGACUUCAACCUGGUUUAAGAGGAGAGCCAGUAAGCUUAUGACACAUGUGGCCUCCCAGUUCUCAUCCUCAUAUGUGUUUUACUGGAAGGAGUUUUUUGGGGAGGACCUCCCCCUCUUGUACCCCCCCAGCUUUGAUGGACGUGUGGUCCUUUAUCCUAGCAACCGCAACCUCAAAGACUACCUCAGCUGGAGGCAAGCAGAUUGUCAUGUGAAUAAUUUGUACAACACGGUGUUUUGGACUUUGGUACAAAAGGGAGGACUCACCACAGCCCAGGCAGAGGAACGCUUAAAGGGAACACUAGCUGCAGACAAAAAUGAGAUCCUGUUCUCUGAGUUUAAUAUCAACUACAACACUGAACCUGUCGUCCUCAAAAAAGGCACCACUCUCAUCUGGGAAAAGGAGUAAAGCAGAAGCUAAUACCUUGGCAGGAGCAAGUGGCCUUGUCUUGGGCCAGGACGCCAUUUAGAGAUGUGAAUGGAUUUGGCGGCCUGCACUGUCAUCAGAGCUAAGAAUACCUCACACACCCUGCAUACACUCUAUCCCCUGACAUGUGCUCCGAGGCUAAUUUAUCAUCGCACUUAUAAAUGACCGGCUCAGUAUGAAUGGCUUUUGAAGGAUUGAAGUGGACAAGCCAACUGUAUUUUAAUACUGUAGUAGGCUCAGUUACUGUUGAGUAUUAGCUGUAUUUUUGGUCUCAACGCAUGUAGCUCUCUCUCUACUGAACUUUAUGUAACUAGGAUUCAAAUCUAUUCACACUUUAACAAAUCAUUUCAAACUAGCAUGAUAACAUGCUACAUUUUCGAUUAAGUAACAUGUACAAAAGCACAUUAUGAAAGCAGAAGUUCAUCUUUUCUAAAUGACUUUUUCUGUAUGCUUAGAUUGGUUCACUUGUAACAGUUGCCAACAUGACAAUGACUCAAGAAAUGCCUCUAUUGUAUAGAAGGUAUCUUAGUAACCAGAACGUGUUGAGGCAAGCGGUGUAGUUAUUUAAAGAGAGCAUGUGUUUACAUGCAGGGUCUGAACCUAAUCCCAUUGGGAUACUGGUUGUAAAAAAUAGGAAAUACUCUAAACACCUUCUUUAAUAUUGUACUUUAAUAGCUCCUGUAAAUCAUCUCCUGUCCUCAGUUCUUUUAGGUAAAAUGGCCACUGAGAAGCAAGCCGUCUGUACAUCAUAUUGCUCGACCCUGGCUCCUACAAAAUGACGAUCCAAUACAACUUUACUGCAUUCUUAAUGAAGGUUCAAGGAUUCCAAGAUUACGGUAUCAUUUAUAAACAUGUGGUUAGUGUUGUAAAUUGAAAGAAAACUAAAUGCAAAAAACGACUUGGUAAUGUGAAGGCAACAAAACAUUCCUUGGUUAAUUUCAUUAAAAACCUAUAAGUCUAAA